UACUAUCUUUCUCACACAAUUAAGACCCUCUCUUUGUGCCGUUCACAAACUCAAAAAGGCUCUUCAACUUUCGCUUCGAAGAAAAAUAUGGCGGACGAAGGCACGGCUACUUGCAUAGACAUCCUCCUGGCAAUCAUCUUGCCUCCUCUUGGUGUCUUUCUCAAGUUUGGUUGCCAGGUGGAGUUUUGGAUCUGUUUGUUACUGACCAUCUUGGGCUAUCUCCCUGGGAUUAUUUAUGCUGUCUACGCCAUCACCAAGUAGUGAACUUUAUUAUUUUGUGGAGGUCGACUGAAGCGCAUCUGUCUUUUGGUCUCUGAUUUGGAGCUUUUCCAUAGGCUAUAGCUUUUGGGAGGACAGCUAUCAAGUGUUGACUUAUUUUUUUUUUUCUUUUUGGUUUUUCCUUUUCAUCGUUUAUUUAUGUGCUGUGAAGAAAAAGAUUGAUUGUGACAACGAAAAUAUUCUUAAUUUAA